AUGUCAAUCACCACCACUGUAGCCAUGUAUCGCAUGAUCUUAUUAUAUGUAUUCAUUUCAAUAACCCUAUGUUUUGCAAUUCCACCUGAUCAAGAUGAUUUCUAUAAUCCUCCAGACAACUUAACAGAUUCAAAACCAGGAAAUAUUCUUAAAAUUCGUCCUAUUCCAUCACCAAUUAAAAGUAUAUUAUCAAUCAAAUUACCCAUUUUGGAAACUUGGCAAAUAUUAGUUCGAUCUCAAGAUCUGAAUGGUUUACCAAAUUCAAUAAUAACAACAUUAAUAAUUCCAAAAUUUUUUAAAUCAAAUAAAAUCAUUUCUCAUCAAUCUUUUGAAAAUUCUCCUCUGUUAAAAUGUUCACCUUCUUAUGCUAUACAAACACCAAAUUUUGAAACUUUACAAAUACAAACUGAUUUAAUUUUCAUAUCUGGUUAUCUUAAUCAAGGUUAUAUAGUUAAUUUACCUGAUCAUGAAGGUCCAAAUUCUUCAUUUUUAAUUGGAAAAUCAUCAGCAUAUACAAUUUUAAAUUCAAUAAGAGCAAUUGAAAUUUUUAUGAAUUUUAAAAAUUCAAAAAUUGCAUUAAUUGGUUAUUCAACUGGUGGAUUUGCUUCAAUUUGGGCAAGUAUGUUAAAUAAAUAUUAUUCUCCAGAAUUAAACAUUAUUGGUGUUGUAUCUGGUGGUACUAUUGGGAAUAUAACAUCAUUUAUACAAAGAAUAAAUGGUGGUCCAUAUGCUGGAUUAAUAGUUAAUAUCUUUCAAAGUUUUUGUAAUGAAUAUAAUGAUUUCAAAGAAAUGUUAAUUAAUUCAGGUGGUGGUAAAAUUGAAUCACAUGAAUGUUUAUUUCCAAGUGCUGUCAAAUAUUUCAUGAUGAAUAUAAUUGGAGAUAUUUAUAAUGAAAAUAUUCUUUAUGAUUCAAUUUGCAAGAAAUAUAUUUCUGAAAAUAAUCUUAUUGAACAGGAAUUAACCCCUCAAGUACCAGUAUUAUUGUAUCAUUCAAGAUUUAAUGAAAUGACACCCAUGAAAGAUGUUGAAAAAUUAAAAGAAUAUUGGUGUUCUAAAGGUGUUCAAUUGGAAAUCGCUGAAGAUUUAAGUUAUAAUCAUAUGGUUGAAGCAUAUACUGGAAUACCGGCGGCAAUAACUUGGAUUGAAAAUCAUUUUAAUAAAUCAAUCAAAAAUUCUGGUUGCAAACACGUGACACGAAUCACCAACCUUAAUUACCCUGGAAUAUCUCCUGUAAUUAAACAUUAUAUUAAUAUUACACAACAAGUAAUUUCACAUAUUAUACCUUAA